AUGAUCGACAAAACUGCCGAAAUGUCUCGCUCUCGCGAUGGGUUCGUCUGGACCCCCCAAUCUGGGUUCUCAUAUGGUCUUCGGACUCCAGCUGUCGUCUCAUCCACCCCACACGGCGAACUAUCCGACAAAUACGAUGUAAUCGUUAUUGGAGCUGGUUUCGCAGGCUUAUCAGCAGCCCGGGAUCUUGCAUUUGCUGGUAAGAGUGUCUUGCUCGUCGAGGCUCGCGAUCGCAUUGGUGGUCGCACGUGGACCGCAUACAGCGAAAAGGGAGAGUCGUACGAGAUGGGCGGGACUUGGAUCCACUGGCAACAACCACACGUCUUUGCAGAAGUUCAGCGAUACGGUCUCGAUGACUUUAUUGAAACCAAUGCUGUCCCGGAAGGGUGUACCAUCUACUCAAAAGCAAACGCCACUGACCCAGUUAUCUCACGAAACUUACAAGAGGCGGACAAGACUCUCGCCAAGAUUGAGAUGCUCAUGGCACGACUGUUAGAUGUCGAUGGGAAAGGCGGCCGCACUGUCAUCCCUUUCCCAUUCGAUACCCGGAGCAGCAUGCAGAACAACACGCUGUAUUCGCAAAUCGACGAGCUUAGCAUCAAGGACAGAGUUGCCCAGAUGACGGACUUAUCACAAGAGGAACGGAUUAUGAUCGAGGCCCACGCGUCUUCUUUCUUCGGGAUACCUUCGAACGACGCGGCAUUUUCGGCGGUGCUCUAUACGUAUGCUCUUUGCAGCUUCGAUCCGAAGACGACCGAAGAUGCAAUCAUGAGGUACAAGCUCAGCAAGGGCACAACUUCACUAGCCCUGGCUAUCCUGAAUGAUUUCAAAGGUCAUCGGAUCUUCUACUCGCUGGUCAAGUCCAUCUCUCAAACGGAUGAGCCGUACGGCGUGAGUGUGACGCUAGAGUCUGGGAAGGAGUUCAACUCUAAAGCCGUCAUCACAACCAUCCCGAUGACCGUCCUCUCGAGAACCGAGUUCAACCCGCCACUGUCUUUCUUGCGCCAAGCUGCGUUCAAGGAAGGUGUCGUGCCAACCAAGAUGGGCAAGCUUCUUGCCACAACUUCGACAAAUCUUCCCGGCGGUUACAACAUCGUAUGCGACGGCGGAAGUCUGCCUUUUGCCAGUGCUUUCGCCGACGGCACGAGGAACGGUGAGCCGCUGCUCACAUUCCUCACCCAUCCUGGACACAAGCUGGACUCUGACGAGGAGAAGUUGCGUCUGAUUGAGACGUUGCAUCCUCAGGGGCUGACACUUACGUCUGCCAGAGCUCACCUGUGGUCAGAGGAUCCUCUUGCAGGGGGAAUCAUGCCUGUGAGGAAGGCCGGAUUUCUCAGAAAGUAUUAUGAAGAGGCUCACAGGCCGCAUGGAAGGGUCUAUUUCUGUGGUUCCGACUUUGCUGACGGGUGGCGAGGGUUUAUCUCUGGUGCUUUCGAGAGCUCUUAUCGUGUCACAAGGGAGGUUUUGCAGCACUUGAACGAGUAG